AUGGUUCGAUAUGGUGAUGUUGAUGUUGUACAUGGCAAAAAGUGGCCAAUCAACUUCAAUCAAAUAGCAGCUGGGAUUUCUGAUAUUGGUCUAGAGAAAGUUGUACUAGUGGAGGGUGCUCCAGGUGUGGGCAAGUCAACAUUUGCAUGGGAGUACUGUAGGAGGUGGGAGAGAGGGGAGAUAUCUCAGCAGUACCAGUUGGUCCUACUUCUCAGACUCAGAGAUGAGAGAAUGAGCAAAGCCAAGACUCUCGGUGAUCUAAUCAUGCAUGAUUCAGAAGAUGUACGUCAAGCAGUAACUGCUGAUCUGGAGCAGAGUCAUGGUUAA